CACACUUCAGCGCGGAGAGCAGCGCGUCGUCUUUCAUGGCGUCCGUGAGCACACGCUGAACUUUAUACAACUCUGAGAAAGACGCAACCAUGUUAGGGGCCGGUCCUGUAAAGGUUUUGUUGCUGGCAGUUUCAGUCGGUGUGUAUCUCAUUCCCUCCCCUAUUGAUCCUGAGCCGUACACAUUCGAGGGCCCCCCGCCUGCCCUGGACGGCCCUCUGGCAGUAAACACACGGUUACAGAGAGGUCGGCGACUGUUUUCUGGUCAAGUCAAAGGCCUGGAGUCUUUCACGGCUGACCAGAACGGGAACAUCUACACAGGCUCCGUCGACGGGAAGUUGUGGAGAAUCAGCAACGGAUCGCUCUCUUUCGUCACUCAGAUGGGCCAAAACAUCCCUGAAUGUGGCACGAGUAUGGACUAUGAGCCAGUGUGUGGUCGUCCUCAUGGUCUGCGUCUGGACAGAAACGGGCAGCUCAUUGUGGCCGACUCUUAUCAGGGGCUGUUCAAGGUUGACCCCUGGACUGGAGAGAAGACGCUGCUGUAUUCCAGCAAAGUGGGAGCUGAUGGGAUUCCCUUUGGCUUUCUGAACGGUCUGGAGAUUUCUAAAGACGGAACUGUGUUUUUCACGGACUCCAGCAGUAAAUGGGGAAGGCGUCACGUCCGUUAUGAGGUGUUGGAGACAAACCACCUGGGUCGCCUUCUCUCGUUUGACCCUGUGACCGGCCGUGUUCGGGUGUUGUUGGAUUCUCUCUACAUGCCUAAUGGCUUUGCCUUCUCACCUGAUGAGGACUUCCUCCUCCUGGCUGAGACCAGUGUCGCACGUAUUACAAAGUUCUGGUUGAAAGGACCUAAAGCGGGCACCAAGGAGGUCCUCCUGAACAACAUGAUCGGUUAUCCUGAUAACAUUCGUCUCAGUGACCGCGGCACGUUUUUAGUGGGCAUAACCACCAUUAGAUUCAGAGGACAACUUUUCCCACCGUUCUUGGAUCUGAUUGGCCCGUAUCCUGCUCUUAAACGCUUCAUAGUGAAGCUCGUUCCUCUCAGCUGGUACAAUGUUCUGCUGCCCAAGUACGGCUUGAUUCUGGAGGUGGGGCCUGCUGGAGAGGUGAUGGACAGCCUCCAUGACCCCACGGGCAGCCUCACGUGGGCCAUCAGCGACGUCUUCCAGCAGGGGACACAGUACUACCUGGGCAGCACUGACCUGCCGUUCCUGCCUGUUCUGGACGAGUGGAGCUGACCGUCUGAGACGCUUACAGGUGGAAAACCUUCAUAGAGAAUGUAAAACGAUUUCCUUUUAACAACGCACUGCUGUCUUGCGAAGGAAUUGCUUGUGGUUCUAACUGUGAUUUCUGACUUUAAGUCUAUGGUGCUAUAAUUUGUCUAAAACGCGUUUUAACUAUUAGUGCCACAUUCUGUUUUGUUUUAUGUUUUUCUGAACUGCAAAAUGCACCGGUCAGCAUGUACACUAGAAAUGGAAGAUUCGGAAGCAUAGCUGUUCCCAAUAAAAAUGCAAUAUAAUGCAAAAGACAAAAAUAACAUGUUGCACUAUUUAGUGGGAGUCAGAAAUCCUUAGAGAAUCAAGCAAAAAAAACAACAACACUGCAACAAAAAUAUUUCAGAAUGCUUUUAUCAAUCAAACACACAAGACAAGCAUCCACAUCGACCAUCGCAAUGCGAUUAACAAAUAUGAUGAAAGAAUUAUGUGCAAAACUUUAUUGUCAGGCUUGUUGAUCACAGACUGGAAAGUGCUUCACUAAACGGAUAUGUUAAAGUAUUGUAAGAAAGAUACCUCUCGGAUGACUCAAGAUAUUGCCAGUAACAGCAGAAGACUGAUGAAGGUUAGGCAGAAGGAUGAAAGUUAAACAGUCCCUUAAACAGUCCUAAGUUUCCCU